UCCAACGUUCAGAUCAGUAAAAAAAAAAUAAAAUAAAAAUGCAAUUAUUUAAACUUGGUUUUGUGUUGGGAUUACUUGCGUUAGCAUCGGCAGGACAUCAUCAUGGUCAUGCUAGUAGUUAUGCUAGUGUUGUAAAACAUGAUCAUCAUCAUGGUCAUGGUGGAGGUUGGGAUAAUCAUGGUCAUGGUGGAUGGGAUCAACAUGGAUCUGUUGCUCAUCAUGAUCAUGGUAGUCAUGGAGGAUGGGAUCAAGGACAUGGUGGUCAUGGAGAUUGGGAUCAAGGAUAUGCUGCUCAUGGAGGUUGGGAUCAUGGACACGGACACGGACAUGAUGAACAUCAUGAUCAUCAUUCACAUCCUGCAUACAAAUUUGAAUAUGGUGUAAAAGAUUCACAUACUGGUGAUAAUAAAAAUCAAUGGGAACAUCGUGAUGGUGAUCAUGUUAAAGGAUCUUAUGAACUUCAUGAACCUGAUGGCACAAAACGUGUUGUUGAAUAUACAUCAGACAAACAUAGCGGAUUUAAUGCUGUUGUUAAGAGAAUCGGUCAUGCCCAUCACCCACAAGUUUAUGGACAUCAUGAAGGUCAUGGAUGGGAUAAUGGACAUGGACAUGGUCACGGACACGGUCAUGGACAUGCUGAAAGCUGGGCUAAUUCAAACUUAUUAAAUCAUCAUCAUCACUAAGUCAAAUAUUUAUUCAUUCGAAAUUUAACGAAAACUGGAUUAUUUAUUAAAAUUCAUUGUUUUUAGGAGACGAUCACUUUUCUUGAUAUUGUGAUCGUUUCAAAUUUUUUUAUGAUUUCAAGUUUAGGAAAUAAUAUUCUUAAUUAUAACUAAACAAUUUGUAAAUAUGAAUUAAUUUUUUCUUAAUUUAAA